GCAUUUCAAGACUCAUUAAUUCGGCACACGAUGGAGUGCUUCGCGCUCAGUUUAAGACAGAAAAUUACUAAUGGCUAUAAAUAUUGUUAUUUCAAGCACAGUCUUAAAUCAAGACGAAGAUUAUGGAGGCCCUCCCGCUCUCUAUAUGUGCGACAAUAUGUCUCCAGCCCCAUUUCCAAUCACCCGAACAACACCACCCAACAUAUUCCUGUGGUCUCGCCAGUAGGGCAACCGUUAUCAGGAUACUAUCUUGAGGUUUUGUCCUCCCGCCUAUCAUCUCGGGGCCAGCCUACGUCUUUCUCGCUGACCGGGAAUCCACCGGCUAUAAACGUCACGCAAGACGAAGCGUCCCCCGCCGUAAAAGUCGAACCACAAUCACCCCAAGACAAGAUGUCAAUUGUGUUUGGUAGUCGCCUUGCAAGUCCAGGGUAUCAAUCGACUCGCUAUCAUCCAGAUACAAUGCAACCGGUGUCGACAUGGAAGACAAUCAAUGGAGUUGCGAUCCCGCCACGGCCAGAAGAACCCGAAAAUUGCUGCAUGAGCGGCUGCGUCCAUUGCGUUUGGGAUGAUUACAGAGACGAUGUAGAACAAUGGGCAGCCAGGCUGGAGCAGGCCAAGGCGAUGGCGAAAGGUACUCCGAAGGAUCCGAUCGCAGAUAUGCGGCAAACCCCCAGGCCUGAAGUCCAAAGCGCUGUGACGAGUAUGGAUGACGAUGGCGGUGGUAGCGAGACCAACUGGGCACCCACGAGUCGACCUGAUGAAUUAUUUUCCGAAAUUCCAGUCGGGAUCAGGGAAUUUAUGAAGACGGAGAAGAAGUUGCGACAGAGGCAUCAAGAAGAACAGACCGUUGUUUAAUAUGCGCGGAUAUCCUGGCAUUUUGCAUUUUAUGAGACUAGACCUUGUGACUCUCAUAUUUAUAUAGAUUUUAUUUAUAGGCCAUGUUAGACUAUGUAUAUAAAUGACUUAUAAUGAAUUAUAUACACUAGAC